GGCGAUUUGGGAAAUUAGAGCAGAAUUUGAUAAUCUGGGAAGAUGAGUUUUGAGGAAGUGAACGUGAAUCCGCAAGAAGUGAGAUUUAGUCAAGAUUCCAUUUCCUGGAACUUCAACCAGAGCUAUAGCUCUUCGAUUAAUGAAAAUCCAGACUUUAGCAACGGCUUUAGUCUAGAGGCACUAUUGAAUGCCAUACCUAAACCAUCGUCUUUGAUGGUGGUUUGCCAGCAAAUGGAGAAGGGUUUGAUAAAGGCCUCUGAUUUUCCCCCUAUUGAGGUAUAUAAAGAUGAGAAUGGCAUAAUCUGGUCCAAUGACAACAGGAGGUUCUGGGUGUUUAGGAAAGCUGGGCUUACAAGCGUCACAGCCAAGCUUUCUUCAACGCCUCUCUUCAGAGCUUCUCCUCCACCGGAAAAGCGAGGAAAAAUGUUUUGUUCUGACUAUUUUCCUCUAGUUCGUGGUCGGUGGUAAUCGUUUUCUUCACUUUUUAGGUGUUGUACAUAAGUAUGGUUUAACUUUUAGCUGGUACGGGAUGAGUUGGGAAGGAUGGCUUUUUUUUUAUGGCAUCCAUAGAAUGAUAGCGAGUGUGUGUUUAGGUUUAUUUUAUGUCUUGUAGUGUUGGUAGUAUUUUCUGUCGUCACUGGCUUUGUCACAUAUUUUCUUGGCAUGGAUGAUAUGUAUAUAAGCAUAAGUUUACUAAUAUCUUUUGUCAGUCCUUUAAGAGGGUUUCUACUUAUAAUGUUAGUAUAUGGGUUUAUUUUUUGAGUCUCUUUCCUGUGCCAUGGAUCUUUUUCUGUCUCGCUUACCAUAUGUUUAAUGUCAUAAUGUAGCUGGUUGUCUAUAACCUUGAGAUUAAUUGUAUAUUAAAGUUUAUAAAUGACUAUUUUGUUCAAAUUUUGA